ACUAGGUUGAUAUAGUACCUCUACGAAGGCGGCGAUAAUUUUUACUCGGCGAAGUUUCAUUUUCGAAGGCCGAAGAAAGAAAUCAGUGUGCGAUUUUCCGUUCACUUCAAAAAUCUCUGAGGAUCAAAAGGCACAAGCCCUGAAAAUGGUGGAAGAACUCGAGAAAUCAACCAAACCUGAGGAACCGGAGAAGUCCUCAUCAUCAGCCAGGCCCGGCGACGGAGGAGAGGCGGGAGAUGGGCCGGAGGAAGGGGAGAUUGUGGGCGAUUCCAACGAAAUGCCCAACCCCGACAAGGGCUUGGUUUUGAAGCACCCAUUAGAGAACUCUUGGACCUUCUGGUUUGAUAACCCCUCUGCCAAGUCCAAACAGACCACUUGGGGCAGCAAUAUUCAACCCAUCUAUACUUUCUCCACCGUUGAAGAUUUUUGGAGUGUUUACAAUAAUAUACACCAUCCGAGCAAGUUGUCUGUAGGGGCAGACUUCCAUUGUUUCAAGAAUAAAAUCGAGCCAAAAUGGGAAGAUCCAGUCUGUGCUAAUGGAGGAAAGUGGACAAUGACCUUUCCGAAGGGGAAAUCUGACACCUGCUGGCUGUAUACGCUGUUGGCAAUGAUUGGAGAACAAUUUGACCAUGGAGAUGAAAUAUGUGGAGCUGUGGUCAAUGUCCGUGCUAGACAGGAAAAAAUAGCUAUAUGGACCAAAAAUGCUGCAAAUGAAGCAGCUCAGGUUAGUAUUGGGAAGCAAUGGAAGGAGUUUCUGGAUUACAAAGACGCAAUUGGCUUCAUAUUUCACGACGAUGCAAAGAGACUUGACAGGGGUGCCAAGAAUCGUUACACAGUAUAAUCAAUCCUGCACGUUCAUAUCAACCAACUGCAAGAUAUCGUCGUGGAUAAGGCGGGGAAAUAUUCCGAGUAUUAGACCUUAUGUGCUAGUUUUCCAGUGGUCACUAUGAUUUUGGAGCAAAGUUUUUGCUGUCUUUUGCUUUGUGCAACAUAUUUCUUUACAAAUGUGCUAUGGUUGCACUCAAUUUAGUAUUGUUCUGUCCUCCAAUAUGCAAUACAGUGCACCUAAUGUUAUAACUCUUCAUUUCAUAUUCUGUCAUGUUAAAUGUAGUUGGUUUCUCUCAAA